GGGAUGGGGGAAAACCCUAAAAGCGAGCCCCCUGUAUAAAAUACCCCACCGGCAGUCUCUCUCUCACCAGGGGCAAUUGUCCUCUCUCUCUCUCUCUGUACCCUUCUCCUCCAUACCCACAUCAUUGUUGUGUCCUUUCCCCGAAACAAACCCUAACCCUUCCAAAACCUCCGCCUCCCAUGCCGUCAUCCAGCUCUGUACAUGCACAUUGAUGUUUGUUCGACACACAUGCGCGCACAUACACGCCCAUGAAUGUUGAAUAGUUUGUAGGGUUGCUUGACCAAUCUCUGCAGUCCUCUCGGUUCCUAUCUCUCUGUCCUGCGAAACAUGAGCAGCAGCAGCAACAGCGGCGGGUCUAGGGUUUUGAUUCCGAGCAGUGUACGGAAAACGAUCCACGACAUUAAGGAGAUCGCGGCGAAGCACAGCGAUGAGGAUAUUUUCUUAAUGCUCAAAGAAUGCAACAUGGAUCCUGACGAAACCGCUCAGAGGCUACUGUAUCUUGACACAUUUCAGGAGGUCAAAAAGAAACGCGAUCUCAAAAAACCGAAUGUGAACAGCAGAAUAUCUGAAGAAUCCAGGUGGAGAAUGGGAACACAGGGGCGGGGGUUUAGGGGUGGUCGAGGACACUAUUCUUCCACUAUUUAUCAUGGUGCCGGUGGUGGAAGGAAUGCGAGUGCCCCAAAGGAAAAUGGAGUCAAUAACCGCGUGGAGAGAGGUUUUAACCCCCUUCCGACAGUUCCAGAGAAAACAGAAAAGAACACGAACUCUCGUGUCACAAUUUCUUCAAACAUUUCAGUCAGUGGGCCCACAAGUAUUCCGAAUGGGAGUUCUGGCCAUGAGCAUGCCCUCCAUCAGUCUGCAGAUCCUGUGGUGGUGCCGCCUCUCAAUUCCCGAAACCCUGGUGUUGGUGCAAUCAAAGACGAAGUAAGCAGCCAAAGGAUUGCUUCCAAAUCUGGUGCCAGUUGCCCAGCUGUGAACGGAUCAAUUGCGGAACAUACCAUAGCAAAUAGUGUUCAAGCAACCUUGGGAGAUGUGACCUGUGUGAACACAGUGCUACAAGAAUCCCUGAUUUUCGAAAAGAAUGAGCCUUCAGAGCAUUCUCAAUCAUCACCUACAACUACUUCGGAAGUCAUCUCUGUCAUAGAUGGCCAAUCAUCCCAACUCGUUGGCCUCUCCGAAGUGGUUGCAUCUGAAGCUGUAGCUUUGGCAUUGGAAGGCGGUUCUGAGUCCUUUCCUGAACAAGAAGUGUCUGUUUUGAAAGAUGCAAUCUCAAAGCUUGAUAUGAAUCUAGAAAAGUUAAAAAUUUCUUGUCACCAGGCUGUUAUUUUUCCUGAUCAUCUCCAAGUCCCUGAAGAUAUUAAGAAUGGAUUGACUUUUGGAAGUCUGGAUUUUGAGCAGAGUCUAAACAGUGGUAACAACCCAGAGGACUCCAAUGACUCUUUGCCUGUGCCUGUCCCUGAAUUCCUUCUUGAGAAUGACAAAGCUGCUAGUGAAACUUCACUGAGCAACCUAAAUGUAUCCUCAAGUGCUCGAGAAGGAGAUUAUCUUGAUAAUUCACAUUCUCUGCCACAUGUGCCCGACAGUAAGGCACAUCUGAAAGACGUGUCUUCAGGCCUAGCUCCGAUAUAUGACCAUUCAAAACAGGAUAUUAUGUUUUCUCAAGGAGGUCUUCAGUAUCCAUUUGUUCACAUGGGCCCUCACUAUGGCUUUCCUUUCAUUCAACCCGUGCUAGGGAGCCAGCUUGUACAAUAUGAAGGAGCUGAGACUCAGAGUGGAAAUUCAACAGUUUCAUCUACAUCAGCUACAACACAAACUGCUACUCAACCUGCAGGUGUUGGACACAGUUCUAUUCCGUUAUCUCCUCCACCAUUUCCUGUUUUCCGGCAGCCUUACCCUCCCUACUACUUUCCAUUUGGCCCCUAUUUUCCCUCAUUUUUUGUGGCCUCAAAUGCACAACAACUUUUAGGACCCGGUGGGUCACCUCAGCAGACUUCAACAGGAAAUGCAUUUCUAUCACCACCACCACCAGUCCCGGGGACUAAAUUCUCUGUUCCGCAGGGGAAGCCAGGAGUUAGCGCAGACAAUCUUCCCCGAUUUGGAGUUCCAUCUGGCUAUAAUUCAUACAGCCCUAGUCCAGCUGCGACUUCUGGAAAUUCUACUGGCAGUGAAGAAAUUGCGGCACCUGGGUUGAAGGAGAACAGUGUUUACUCAACAGUCCCACAGGGUGAAGGCCCGCUUCUCUGGCUUCCUGCACCUGGCAGAGAGAUCUUGCAUGCCAACGCUUUCUACAACCACCUUCCUCCAGGGCAGCACGCUGCUUUCCCACCUCCGCCGGCUGGAAUUUAUCAUCCAACCCAGACCAUGGCUGCUACUUCAACUGGUCAUCCGCAUUUGUGACAGUAUUAUGCUACUGUGGGAAAACUACGGGGGUUAUCAAUAGCCUCAACGUGCAAUUAAUUGGAAUCCCAACUUUUGGUUCCUUAGACAAUUAUACAAGUGUUCAUUGAGGAUGAUCUGAGUGUAAAUAGAACGGCGGCCUUGAAUAUUUUAGAGUAGUUUAUGCGCUAGUAAAGAGUAUAUGUUCACUGGUCAUUUGACUCAUUUGAUGUUGAAAACUUUUAAGUUCAUAGAAGAGAGGUGUAGGCUUUCUCGCUCAUGGUGGUUUCGAUUGCAUUUUGCCCGGCUGGACUUUGUCUUUGCAGUUUUUCCAUUUUGAGGUCAACGUCAGAAUCGGUGGGAUGUCGGGUUCUUUCCCAUCUAAUGUCCAACUUAUAUCAAGUUUUGGUAGCGAGAGUUGUCGGUGACUUUGUAAUCGGUAGAAGAAAAUUAGUACUCCUACAUAUUUUUUGUUGUUACUUAUAAAAGCUUAUGUAGUGUUUAGAAGCUUUUGUUAAGAGUUUUAAGUCUUCUUGUUUUGGCA